AUGGCUAAACAUACCAAGAAGGUAGGAAUUGGUAAAUAUGGAACACGUUAUGGUACAUCCCUCAGAAAAAUAGUGAAGAAAAUUGAAAUUAGCCAGCAUGCCAAGUAUACCUGCUCCUUCUGUGGCAAGGCCAAAAUGAAGAGAUGGGCUGUGGGUAUCUGGCAUUGUGGAUCCUGCAUGAAAACAGUAGCUGGUGGUGAAUGGACCUGCAACAUCACCUCUGCAAUUAUGGUCAAAUCUGCCAUCAGAAGACUAAAGGAAUGGAAAGACCAGUAA